AUGUGCGAACCUUCUCCAUUUGUUGGACGUUGGACUGAUAGAUCCCUAGCUACCCCCAAUGGACCAACGAUAUCAACUAAAGCAGCACCUAGGCAUUCGUCACCAAAAUUACCUGGCGUUCGUCGCCUUCCGCCUACUCCUGGCUCGGCAAAGUCUUCUUCGCCGACAUUUCCCAUGCCUUCCCCUGAAGUCUACUACGACCAAAGUGUUUCUUCGCGUCCGAGCGUAUACAGUACAGAUUCCUUUUCAUCAUAUACUUCGUCCAGCGCUUCUUCGGAUCUCCUGCGCAAGGCCACGACCGGUGCUAGUGGGCGUUACGUUCCUAAUGUAGCAGUCGGGGAUCGGCCACCCAGCAGCGGAGAAAAACCACCUAUUCCCCCGCAUCCUGCCGCUUACAAGGCUGCUUACAAUCAACGUGCAUCGCCGGCUUCGGGCCCAAGUGUACCAUCGACUACCUCAAGCGGAGAUUUUUCAGCGCGACCUCCUGGAGCCCUCCCUCCCAAUGCAUAUUAUGACCGAAAUGAUUUUGCGUCCUCUUAUCAAUCCCCUGACUUUGACACCUAUGACGGUGGCAAAUAUAACGGAACAGAUGGUUAUUAUCAACAAAUCCAACAUACUCAAUCCCAAUACCAAGCUCAGUAUGGCGAGCCUCAAGACCAACCAUUGUAUAACCAAUCUCAACAACAGGGUAACUCCAAAUCCUUGGCAGUACCUGCGGAAAUAUCUCGACAAACAAGCCGCGAAACUUUAAAUGGGGUUUCCCAUCCCAUUUCUCCCACCGCUGCGAUGACUACGUCACCAGUAGUCCUAUCCCCAUACGAAGGGUACGGGGAUCCGCGUCUUCAAAUAAACCCGCCAGGCUCUUCCAGUGGCUUGGUAAAUGUGAACGCUUCAACUGCCAGCUUCAGGGACUAUGAGCCUGUUGCUGGGCCGUCGACUUUCGUGACAGGAUCGGUGGCGGACGAGAGUUGGAAUCAGGCUGAUGAUUAUAGUUACACGGAUCCUCAAGAUAACUAUGAAGAGGAGAGUGGAGCAGGCCCUGGCCACAUGCCUCGACGUCCAACUGAUAUGUUACGAACUUUGGCGGAUUAUAACACGGGGCCCUUGGAGCUGCACGAUGAAGGAGAGGGUGAAUAUUGGGAGGAUGAAGACGAAGACGACGAGAAUCGAUUUGUCAACUACUCUCUCUUAUCGCACAUCGCUGUUCAGCUCCGCGACAAGAUUCCUCGAGGAACCCAUGUUAAAGGUAGCAUCCCGUAUCCUCGGGCGUUCACCGGUAAAGACAUCGUGUCGACAAUUCAAACCCAGAUACAACGAGAACUAGCAAUCAAUCACGGAGUAUCCACCAACGACAGGCGCGUGGCAUUGCAAGUUGCUCGAAGCCUGCAAAGUCAACUCUUCUUUUACGAAGUAGAAUGGGGUGGUCGUGUUCUCCAGGAUGGCGUUGAAGAUGUCUAUAUGUUCCUCAACGAUUUAGAAGGAGGUUCUGAGCUCGUCCCUGAGCUGGAAGAACUUCCGACGGGAGUUAUCACGAUGCUGACCAGAUGCUAUUCUCCAAGCUGUGGCGAAGGCGCCAGAUGCUAUUCGUUUUCCUGUCCAAGAAAGGGCAACCAUGUAUUUGGACCACUCCCUACCCCUCUGGAGGCACCCUCUGUCAAAAGAGAGUCAUGGGCAGAGACAGUUGACAGCGCUGUCCUUAAAUCUUUGCCUGAGACGGAAAUCAAUCGCCAAACGAUUAUCCACAAGCUCAUCAGCAAAGAAGAGCAGUACCUCCAAGAUCUCGACAUCGUCGAAUCUGUUUUCAUCAAGCCACUUCGCACGUCCAAUCCUCCUUUGAUGCGACCGGAUGUGCUCGACGAUUUCAUCGAUGACGUUUUUGGUAACAUUCUUGAUCUUCGAGAGUGCAAUCGGCGUCUUUUGGAGGUGAUGUACGUUCGACAACGGGAACAGGCCCCAAUCAUCCAGCGAAUCGGCGAUAUCUUCUUGGAUGCUGCCACAGAAUUCAGGCUGGCCUAUCCCACCUACAUUGGUCAUUACCCGCUUGCGGAGAAGAGGCUCAAAGAUGAGAUAGACAAUAACCCGGAAUUCAGGCUGUUCCUUGAGCAUUGUUCAAGGCAAUCACCUCGGUCGGGAGAAGCUCUUCGUUUUGAUCUCAAGCACUUCCUCAAUCGUCCGUCUGAACAUUUGCAAAAGUAUCCUGUUCUUUUGGAGGCUAUCUUCCAUGAAACGGCAGUCGGGAAUCCCGACGCUGAUUUCUUGGUGGAGGCAAUUGAAGCGAUUAAAAAUUUGCAAUCUGUAGCUCAGCUACGCACUUUCCAGUCUGCAAUGGGUAAAGGCACUCCCGGAAAAUGGGAAUGGCACGAUCUCGUCUCGCCUGAAAUCCGGAAAUCCCUUUCAAAAGAAGAGGGAAAACGACAAUCGAUCAUCUUUGAGUUGAUCAAGGGAGAAAUGGCAUACGUCAAAGAUCUGGAGAACAUCGACAUUAUGUACAUUCAACCGCUUCGUGCAGCUGAACCAUCCAUUAUUUCGCGAGAUAGGCUUGACCAGUUCAUUGAAGAUGUGUUCCACAAUUUUGCCGAGCUUCACCUGCAUCACCGAAAACUUGUCACGAUGUUUCACGAAAUUCAACGGGAGCAGCAUCCUACGAUUCGCAGUAUUACCGCUGCUAUGUUUGAUGCUGCGCUCAAUUUCCGUGAUGCUUACAUGGAGUACAUCCCAAAUUACCCCAUUGCAGCGUAUAGGAUUGACGAUGAAAUGGCCAAUAACCUACCGUUCAAGACCUUUGUCGAACAAUGCGUGCGGCACCCAGAUGCGCAUCGUUUGGACAUGAAAAACUUCAUCAAUCGUCCGAUUCCUCGACUCCUUCGGUAUGAGCUGCUCUUGAAGGGUAUUAUGGAUGAGACCAAGCCUCCGCAUGAAGACUUAGACACGAUUCCCAAUGUCGUCGAUGUCAUCAAGGCACUUGGGAAAGAGACGGAGCCUGGUGUAUUCUCGGCAAAGCAGAAAGUAGAGCUAUGGCGUUAUAACUCCAAUCUUGUCUUCAAGGCGGGUGAAUCGAUUGACAUGGACUUACUCAACCAAAAUCGUUCCCUGAUUCACUCGGGCAAGCUCCUUCGGCAGCCUGAGAGUGGCUUGGAAUGGAAUGGUUGGAGUGAACUCUUUGUUCUUUUGUUCGACAAUUAUUCAACGCCAGUGGUUAUGACAAAACCGAAAGAACGAGAUGGGGUUGUAAAAUAUCACGUUAACCGAAGACCCAUCCCUCUUGACUUACUCACUCUCGUUAACUUCACCGAUCCCCCAACCCAACGCGGUACAGGUCUUCUUCGCAACCUGCGUGGAGGUGAACGACACGGUGAAUCUGCGAAUCCGAACAUGCCCGCGCCCGAUAGCGCUAUUGACUCUCGGUCGGUGCAUCCACUAACUAUUCAUCACAACGGAAGAAUGGGGGGCCCCUACAUUCUCUAUGCUGAAUCUGCACAAAUCCGAACCGAAUGGAAGCAGAAACUUGAGGAGGCCCUUGGGUUGCGUAAGGCAGUUCAAGACUCGAACAAAGUGUUCGAAGUUGAGACUCUCAGUGCGGAUACUUUUCUUGUCCCUUCCAUGUCCGCCGCGGCACAGGGUCCUGCUUGGAAUCAAGAAAGCACCUAUACCGGUAAAGUGACAUGCUCCGUUCCGUUUAGUACACCCGAUGGGCGGGCGCUGGUCGCAAUUGGAUGUGCCGAGGGUGUUUGGAUUGGAUUCAGACACGAUCCCAAGUCUAUGCGUCGCGUCCUUCAUCUUAAAAUGGUCACCCAAUGUGCUAUGCUUGAGGAAUUUGGAAUCUUCUUGGUACUGGCUGACAAGUCUCUAUUCGCGUACCAUAUUGAAGCUCUUGUUCCUUCGUCUCCACACGGCGCACAUACCUCCCAAGUCCCCCAAAAGCUGAACGGCACAAAGGAUGUCCACUUUUUCAGUGUUGGUACCCUCCACGGACGUACCUUGAUCAUUUAUAUGAAGAAGAAAGGGUUGGACAGCAUCUUCCGGGUGCUUGAACCUGUAAACGAUAAAAUCAACGAGAGAGUCAAGGCCCCUGUCGGAUUUGGUUCCCGCCUUGGAUUCCGUUCUGCCAAAUCGGAGUGGUUCCGCAUUUACAGAGACUUUUUCUUACCUUCUGAGUCGUUUGACCUUAUUUUCUUGAAGGCGAGGAUAGCGAUUCUUUGUGCGAAAGGCUUUGAGAUCAUGGAUCUACAAAAUUUCAACAGCGUCACAAUUCCCCAGCGUGAAGAUCCAAAACUAGCCCAACUUUCCAAGCGCUGCGAAUCAUGUCGACCAAUGGGAAUGUUUCGUUCUGCUGACGACGAAUUCCUUCUAUGUUACGACGAAUUCGGCAUCUACGUUGACAAACAUGGUGAUCCGUCUCGAGGAGCAGCUACUAUCGAAUGGGAAGGCACUGCCGAGCGGGUGGCCCUACAUUCACCAUACGUGCUGCUUUUCGACACGCGAUUCAUCGAAAUCAGACACAUUGAAACCGGCCGACUGGCGCAGAUUAUCCCAGGGAAUGAGGUCCGGUGCAUCUGGGACGGACGCGGGGUCGGCUCCAACGACCCAAAUACAUCAGCUAACGAAGGAGGCAAUGAAUCACUGCUGCAGGAGGCGCAGGUGCACGCAGUGAUGAACAGCACAGACGUCGUACCAGGCAACAGGGGAAGGACAGUUGCCCAACACGUGUUUGAGUUGAUACCUACGAUCCCACUUUACCUUCCCAGUUCAGGCCCUGUCAGGGAUGGGCGGAGACUGUCUUACUCGCCAGCACCCUCCCCAGAAUUACGCACUUCUACUUCAUGGAGAUCAUGACUUUUUUUUUCGUUUUUCUUCUUUUUUUUCUGCUUCGUACACUAGUUAUCAACGGACGCUCCUUUUAUCAUGUAAGUCGACAUUUCGGAAAUUUUGCUAUUAUCGGAUGUGCAAAGAUGGUACAGUGUUCACC